AACAAACUUUGACAGUUCUCACCGAGGGGCGUUCAUAAUUCAACAAGAAAAUAAGUUGACGCCAUUUUGUCGGUUUAUAAAUCAAAAGGAUAUCCAUUUUUAUUAGGAAUCAUCGCGUUUCCCUUAGAAAUUACGUGGAUAGUAAUGAGUCUGUGAUAGAGCCAGUGUAUUAAUCAGGACGAUAUUUUUGUUGUGAUAUGCACUAAUAUUGUUCUUUGUGUUAUUAUUUUGAGAUUUUGGGGAGGGUAGUAGGAGCAACUAAUAAGUGAUAAAGAUGAGUACAAAGGAUGAUGAGUACGAUUAUUUGUUUAAAGUUGUCCUAAUCGGCGACUCUGGAGUAGGAAAAAGUAACUUAUUGUCGAGAUUUACUAGGAAUGAAUUCAAUUUGGAAUCAAAGUCAACAAUAGGUGUCGAAUUUGCUACAAGAAGUAUACAGGUCGAUGGCAAGACAAUAAAGGCACAAAUAUGGGACACCGCCGGCCAGGAGCGGUACCGUGCCAUCACAGCGGCCUACUACAGGGGCGCCGUGGGCGCCCUGCUGGUCUACGACAUCGCCAAGCACCUCACCUACGAGAACGUGGAGCGCUGGCUACGCGAGCUGCGGGACCACGCCGACCAGAACAUCGUCAUCAUGCUGGUGGGCAACAAGUCGGAUCUGAGGCAUCUACGGGCCGUCCUCACGGAGGAGGCGAAGGCCUUCGCCGAACGGAACGGCCUGUCCUUCAUUGAAACCUCGGCCUUGGAUUCCACAAACGUCGAUAUGGCUUUCCAGAAUAUACUCACAGAGAUCUACAGAAUCGUCUCUCAGAAACAGAUCAGGGACCCGCCAGAGGGCGACACCAUCCGACCACAGAACGUAGAACCAAUAGAUGUUAAGCCGACGAUGAAUUCGGAUGGGGUGCGCAAACAGUGCUGUCAGUAAUGGUCUUAUCAAAAUAAUGCAUGUUCCACUAAACACAGAUUUCAGCAGGUAGCGCCGCCUUGUCCCACCCACCGUGGCUACUUGUUUUUUAUGUUAAUUUAUAAAAGUAUAUAAAUCUGAGUGUCCUAUAAUGCUAAAAAAAACGUAUUGUGACAUAGCGGAAAUGCCCACUCUGUUUGCUGCGCACUUUGUAGGCUGUCGUUUACGUUUUAUACCUUUCUUUUCUCCCUUGGAACUUUUUCUAUAAUAUAUAUAGUAGGUAUUAUAUAAGUAAUGAAUUGUUUAUUUAUCAAUAUGAAAGUUUUGUGCUUUGAAAAGAGGCACUUGUUCUAUAUAUAUUCUUAUUAGUACGUGAUUAUAAAAUUCUGGUGCAUAUUUGUCGUUGGUUUCAUACAAAUUGUCGUAAGACGUUACUUGAACAUUUCGGUCGUUUCUGUUGAGUACUAUUAAAAAUACUAAAAAAAAGUGUAAAUGUGCUACAGUUAAAUAUUCAUUACAUCUUAACGAUACUAUAAAUAUAAAUUACUGUCUUGACUGUUAGAAAUUGUUUACGAGAGGUCGUUUCACGCCGCUUUAUUCGGUUAACGCGGUGCGGGACGAUCUUUUGCCAUCGUGAUGCCUUUAGUUGAUUUAUUUCGAAAUUGUAGUCAGGAUUACAGAACUUGUAGAUAUAUACUUCUGUUAUAUUCUGUAGUAUAUUAUUAUGCUAGACAUAACGGUUAUUUUAUUUGGACACACUGAACAAAUGAUAUAAUUGUUGUAAAAUGUAAUAUAAGCUUCAUUAUCAAAAUUUAUUAUAAAUUUAAUUUUUAAAUAAAAUUUAUGUAACUCA